UCAGGUUCGUGGUUCCAGAGUAGGCUUGAUGGUCCUUUGUAGUUUGGUUUGGGUUCGAGGUUGUUGGGCCAGUUCCAUCAUGGCCCGUUACAGUUUUUAGUAAAUGAAUAAUUAGGCAGACACUGCACAACUCAACUCACGACCCAGAGCUGCGUCGUUUUAUGAAACGGUCUCAAAGUCGAGGACAUGUCGUUCCGACUACCGAGUAUCCGUCACUAUCCGAGUUUUGGCGAUUGACGAAACACGUGACUGACAGACCAAAUUCCCGACUCGGCGACUCCGAUACUUCGGCAGGGCAGGGGGAGGGUUCGUUUCUCAACCGCCGAGCAAGAAGAGAAGAAGAAGCUUGAAAAGCAAAAUCAAGGUCGAAGCACUGGAAGACAUGGUGGCGAUUUCGCUUUACAGGGGGAAUCUCCACCGAGUCCCCGAUGCCCCUCGUCGAUGGCUGAUGCCCACCCGAAACCUCUCUCUCAGGGACUUCAAAUCCCUCCUCAACCGUCGCUCCAGGGCUCUCUCUCACCUCCGCUCCCCAUCCACCGUCCUUGUCGCCGCCGGCACUACCUCUAACCCUAACCCUGACCUUACCAUUUCUACCAAACACGAUUCCAAGGAAGCUGGGGAUCCUACUACGCCUCAGUUGAAGGAGAUGAAAGCUGUUGAUGAUACGAAUCAUCGUGGCGAUGAGGAAGAAGGGCCUUCCGGGAGGGUUGGAGAAGGUGCUGAAGAGGACCGGGGGUUGUUAAACGGUGGAGAUUGCUCGAUGAAGCUGGAUGAUGCGCCUGUUGAGAAUCCUCAAGCAGCUGAGAAAGGCCGAGUUGAGGUUGUCAAUGGUGAUGGAGAUUUGCAGGCUUUGCUCGCCGUGAAGCUGGAAGAAUUAGCUGAACCUACUGCGGAGGCAAAAGACAAACCUGAGCUGUCAGGUGAAAAAGCAAAAAGGGAGAAAGAGGUUGAGGAGAAAUUGGAAAUUUUGAAUGCAAAGAAACAUAAUCUAGUGCAACUUCUAAAGCAGGUAAUUUAUGAUUCCAUCUCAUCCUCAUUUUAGUCAUUUUAUUACAUGGGUUCGUCAUAGUCAAAAGAUUCAAAUUCAGUAAUCUUGUUUCUGUUAGAAUUUGUUGUCCUAUUUACAAACGAUUUUUUUUUUACAUUAUUGUAUUUGAAUCCAUCGGGAACUGGCUGGAAAUGAAAGAAAGUGGACAUCAACAUAUGAGGAACUCUAGGAACUUGUACUAGAUUUCUUGUUUAACAACUUCUACCCUCUGGCUUCAUCACCUAUUUUCCCUAGAUCAGUAUGCAGUAUGUGCUCUCACUUGACAGUUAUUAAAUGGCGAGGAAGAGCUGAAGAGACGAAGCACUGUGCAGGCGAUGACAACUCGUCCCUCUGGUCUGCUUCAAGUAGAUGUCACGAAUGAUUCUGGGUCGAUGAUCAGACACGUCACUCCUGGGAUGGGGUCAGAGGCUAAUCUUGGUGCAGAUAUGGAAGAAGCUGAAAAUGACGAUGUUUCAAAUCAAAAUGUUCAUUCUCGUUAUUUACAAAGAAUGAGCAGUAUUUCUCCAUCUUCAGAGUCUCCCCUUAGAAGACCCCCCUACAAUGUGGUUCCACCCCUCCCACCGCGAACAAGUUUGGGAGCCAGCCCAUCACGGUUUGCACCAACAGGGCAACAAAAUCAUCCGACAAACGCACCGCCCACAGUAUCCAUAUCUGGGACAAAUUACACUCCAUCUUCUCCUUCUCCCCUAGCAUCUGGUGGCACCUCAGCAUUUCGGGAUGCUCGCCAACCUAGCCCUUGGAACUAGAUCUAUCUCGACGGUCGUAGCUCUUUAUGCAUGGAGUGCUGGAAUUCUGAGUCUUUAGCAGUUAUCCAGGCACCUACCAUGUUUCAUCCUCCUUGGCUGAUUCUCAUCCUGUAGCACUAGAACUUGUGGUGGUCCUAUUGAUACACAGCCCUUUCAGUAAUAACAGCAUUUGUUGGAGUCACAAUCGCUCUUCCUCCUAGGUACUUUGUGUCUUUAUAGCAAUCUGCAAAUGAUUCAUAUAUUUCUUCUAUUAUUGAUUGAAGUGGAUUUUUUCCAGGAAUCACCAGAAAUAUUUCUGGUAUCUCAAUCCAGUCUGAAUGAGUGUUCGAACUAAAGGAGUUUGUAUCCA